AUGGACGAGGUCGCCGAGCUCCUCACGACCAUCAAUAGGGAUACGGAUGAGUCGUUCGGUAUGCUCCGAUCGGUUCUAGGCGAUUUCGCGCUCGAUCCAUUCCGUACCUCGGACGGGUCGACUGGGUCGCUGAUGGCCUCGAUGUUCAAGAAUUCAGCAUGUUCAUCUUCUCGGCCGCAUGCAUUUGGAUGGCCUACAACGUGUCUGCGGGUCUCGCGCAGACGAUGCACGGGGGGUUGUGCUAGGCAAAGCGGCUUAUGGGUCAUUGCGAGCUUGCUUGGUAUCGCCGGCAGCCCAGAUCAAAAACAUCGAGCGUCUACGCUGGCCAAGGCCGCGGCGUGCCAGCGUGCGUCCUACGACAUGGCUGCCGCCAUGCAGGCCGGCAACCAGGCGACGCCACGGAUUUUCCGUCAAGUGGGCAGUUUGGCGCCGCUACGUGCGGUGAAAUCAAGCUGCAGUUCUCGCCGCGGUCCAACUACUGGUCUAGGCGGCAUGUUCGGUUUCCGUAUCGCUGACGUCAAUUACACGGGUAUUCGCACCCGUGCGAUGGAGGCCCAUGCGGGUACCCUGAAUACGACCUACGCCGCGGCCCAGGCGAUGAUCGCAGGGCGUCUCGCCAAGCAGUACCCAGCCCAGUUCAGUGCAGGCGGGAUUAGCAACGCCGGCGCCAUCUCAGACCAGCUGGUGGCGCGAAUGAAGGAUGGCAGCUGGGCGGCGCUGGGGAUCUGGAGAUGCCGGAAAGGAGAUGAGAUGCCUUCUACGACCAACGAUCUGCUCGCCGGCCUCGAGGCGGCGGUUGGGGUCUCGGCUGCGGCCAGAAGUCAAGGGGCACUGGCCACGUCAACCGGACGAUUCAUCCCUGGGUCAGUGGAUCAUGGGUGGGGUGCUCAACGUGAACCAUGGGCUCGAGCGAAACUGGCGCCAGCAAUACGAUAA